AAAGAAACGUUCAAUGGGGUAUGAACUAGCAAAUUGUACGUGGGUGUUCUACAUAUGUUCCAAUCAAGCACACACAGACAAAUGCAUUUCUUAAUUUUUAGGUCUUGCUAUAUUAAGACCUCGUAACUGCAAAAUAGUGCUAUCUACUUCUAUACAUAGCACACACCAUUUAUUGUUGUUACAUCAUUCACAAACUCCAUCUUUCUUGCCGUUAAACCAAACUUCCAUAGCCAAUACUACCACCAACUCCAAGGCAAUAGUUGCUAAUUUCUUGCCACAUGGAUCUUCAAAGGCAAGAGUCAUGCCCUUCUGAAAAUUUGAACAUCAUCACAUUUUCAGAUACUGUGCCAUGCCAAAAUCCUGAACCUUCCAUCAACACUCAAACAAAGACGAAUCAGACACAAACGGAAGAUCAAAAACACCCACAUGACUCGGUUCCUCGUGUUUUACUAGAUCUAAGUCUCUCCAACAAGGAUUCAAGUGAUGAUGACUCAAAGUCAGAACUCAACCUCCUCAAUUGUUUCCAUACAAAUUUCUCUGAAAACACAUCAGAAUCCAGUCAGGGAAAUGAACUGGAUCCUCGAGUCUUCUCAUGCAACUACUGCCAAAGAAAGUUUUAUAGUUCCCAGGCACUAGGGGGACACCAGAAUGCACACAAACGUGAAAGAACUUUGGCAAGAAGAGGAUACAAAGCUGGCGUAGCAGAUUUUGGACACACAUACUCCAACAUGCAUUUUCUGCCUUCACAUGACUUGUACAACAAAGCACUUGGAAUUCAGGUUCAUUCUAUGAUUAACAAACCUUCUUAUCAAACACCCAUUUUUGGGCCGUGCCAUUCAAUUGGAUGGCAGAGGCAACCUUUGGAUGCACAACCAGCAAUUGGGAACUUUCGCGUGGGGGCAGAAACUGAGUCAUCUUUGGCUGAUAGUGUUCCAAAGUUAGGCAAGUUUUCCACAAGGUUGGUGACAGAAGGGUUUGGAGGGUACUGCUUUGGUAGCAUUACUAAUUUGAAGUCUAAACAACAAGAGAAGUUGCAGAAGCUUGACUUGUCCCUUAAGCUCUAAGUAGUUACUAUCCAACAUGCCAUACCCCAGUUGAUUUGUGUCUUUUCUCAUUGGCCAAGAGCUUGACACCUCUUUCCUUUUUCACUUCUUUUGUCUUCAUGUAUCACUUGCUCCAGCAAGUCUAAAUACAUUUUGGCUACUUACCAGAAGAUUGUGUUUUGAUUUUAAUGUUGUUUGCUUUAUUUUGUCAUGAGUAAUGGUUCAACAUGGAUAGAUUUAUUUCCAAGUUAUUCCAUCAAUCUUUAAAUUGCUUUGUAAUGGCAUUGAAUACAUCAAACUCUCUUUUCUUCGCCAAUUCU